CAGCCAUUUUCUGUUACCUCGAGAUUUAGUUGAUAAUACAGUGAAGGAAUCUGGUGAAACUUCAGGUGCAAAGACACUGCUGGACCCUAGUAUUCUCCGCAGCCACUCCUCACUAUCGUUACAUUCAGCUUGUACUUUUAGAAAUCCUCUAUGGGAACUGUUGCAGAGGCAGUACACUCAUGCCAUUCCUUACCUUUGUCAAUGCUGGAGCGUGCCCGGGGUGCAACUAUGAAUGCGACCAGUCUGGCACAGCAUCUUGGCACCAGCCUGGAGACUCCAAACUGGCUCUCUGAGGAGAUGAUUAAGUGCAUAUCAGCCAUAUAUAUUGAGCUUGCAGACCCCCCUUCAAUUGAUCAUGGUUUACCUCUCUCUCCAGUGUCAUCUUCCUCUGUUGCUGACUCUUCCCCACAGCAUCAGUCCAAUAUUUGGAGCCCAGAAACAAGAAGAAAUCCAUCUUUCUAUUCAUCAAUGGAGAGUGCUUUCAGCACUGAAGGAUCAAAUGAACUUGGUGGAGCUUAUAGCACAAUGAUUGAGGUCCAACGGAUUUGCAGAGACGGUCAGAGUUUAAAACGAGUGAAGAAUAUGCUACAACAGUUUAGAUCAUUUGUUUUGCGCCUGGAAGAAGUCCAUCCUGAAAAGAUGAGACAUGAGGAGAAGAUUGCUUUUUGGAUCAACGUACACAAUUCCCUCGUAAUGCAUGCAUUCUUGGUUUAUGGAAUUCCACAAAACAAUCUGAAAAGAAUUUCUUUACUCCUCAAGGCUGCAUAUAAUGUUGGUGGCCAUACCAUAACCGUAGACAUGAUUCAGAAUUCAAUUUUAGGAUGCAGACUGCCUCGUCCUGGACAAUGGCUCCAAGCUUUGUUUUUCCCAAAGGCAAAGUCAAAGUCCAGAGACACAUGGAAAGCUUCUGCACUCAAGCAUCCAGAACCUCGCCUAUAUUUUGCACUUUGUUCGGGAAGCCAUUCUGAUCCUGCGGUCAGAAUGUACACGCCCAAGGGCGUUUUCCAGGAGCUGGAGGCCGCGAAAGAUGACUACAUCCAUACUAACUUAAGGGUCCACAAAGAACAUAAGAUCCUUCUACCAAAACUGGUGGACUCUUUUGCCAAAAAGUCAGGGCUAUGUCCGGCUGCUUUCAUGGAGAUGAUAGAGCAUUUUAUGCCUCAUUCUGCCAAGAAGAGGCUCAUUCAGCAGCAUCGACACGGAAGGUUCUGGAAGAAGAUCGAAUGGACUCCUCACAACCACUCGUUCAGGUAUCUGCUGGGGAAGGAGUUGCUCAAGUGAUGCUAAGCUCCCGGCCGGGUUAGUUAGAAUUAGAAUGAUAGGUAAAUGACAGCAAAAAUAAGUUCUUGGUCUGAGUUUCUUUAGCAAUAUUGCGCAGCAGAAGCAUGCCUUGUGAACUAAACUGGCUGAUGCAGACUGAGCCAUAGAGAGAGGACAUUAACAUGAAUUCAUCAUAGAAGCUAGCAUGCUCUGUAAUGAAUUGGUGUUAAAACCAGCAGCUGGUCUAGCUAGAUGUUUCUUCCCUACAAUGGCUUGCAAGUUUUGAUUUGAUUGUCAUUCUUAAUUUUGGGAUACAAAAUGUCUAUAUUAUAUAAGGGGUGAUCAUGAAUGUUAAUAUGAGAUGUUGAUUGUAACUUAUG